UGUCAAUGCUUUGUCGAUGGGUGCUCGGCCCAGAACGGCAACGCAGUGAUAAAUAAUUCCAUGGUAAUGAUCUGUGGGUAAUUCGCUUCGAAGAAACAGGAAGGUUUCAGUCAGAUGUUGGACAGCGCUUGCUGAAACUGGUUGAAAGUGGUUAGUUUCGGAAAGUUCUUUGUUUGUCGAGAUUUUUUACCACGAAUUGUCGGAGUGUCUCAGUCUCCGCCGGUUCGCACAGCGUAGAGGAUCAGCAAAGAGUUACGAUGACGUCAGAGACGAAAGGUAGUCCCGUGCUGCAGUACGUAGCCGCAGUGACAGGCACUCUCGCCAUCGUCACCGAUGGCAUGCACUACGGCUGGUCCUCCCCCAGCGUGCCCCAGCUCAAAAACAACUCCACCUGCACCCUCUGCAUCGACGAGAGCCAGGGCUCCACCCUGGCCGUCAUGCCGCUCAUCGGCGCCGUCGCCGGCUCCCUCACCGCCGCCACCAUCGUGGACUACCUCGGCCGCAAACGCACCAUCCUCGCCACCGCCAUGCCUUUCUUCCUCGCCUGGAUCAUGGUCGCCUUCGCCAACUCCAUCCUCGUCCUGUACAUCGCCCGCUUCGUCGCCGGCGUCGCCGACGGGUUCACCUUCACGGUCGUACCCAUGUACAUCGGGGAGAUCGCCGACGCCAAAGUCAGAGGACUGUUAGGCUCCAGUUGUUCCGUCAUGUGGAUCGCCGGCUUCCUCAUAAUCAAUGUGAUAGGGUCGUACCUCAGUAUUAAAACCACUGCCUUGGUAUCGUCCGUAGUACCUGCAGCGCUCUUCGUCACGUUCCUCUGGAUGCCCGAAAGCCCGUACUAUUUGCUCAUGCGGGAUAAGCCAGAGGCGGCGCGGAGGGCUCUCGAAAGACUGAAAAGCACGACGAAGGUGGAUGAUGACCUGAAUAGGAUUAAAGGGGCCAUUCAGGCGGAACAGAAGACGAAGAACGGGAGGUUUUUGGAUUUGUUUACGGUGAAGAGCAACAGGAAGGCUGUGUUUAUUAUUGGUGGUCUGCGCGGGUUCCAGCAGCUCGCCGGUACUACCGCUAUAGCUUUUUAUACGCAUGAGAUUUUUGGGGCUGCUGGGGAUCACAUUUCGGCUCAUUACGCUGUGAUGAUUUACUAUUCCGUCCAGCUGGUACUCACUAUAGUGUCUUCGGGGAUAGUGGACAGGGCCGGACGGAGGCCUCUUCUUUUGAUUUCGAUGGCAGGGUCGGCGUUGGCUCUUUUCGUCGAAGGUACUUACUUCUAUAUCUUGAACGAAACGUCGAUUGAUACUAGUUCGUUCUCGAUAGUUGCUGUGAUCGGCCUUAUUGCCUUUGUAACGAUUUUUAGUUUAGGGAUGCAGUCGAUUCCGAUUUGUAUGUUAGGGGAGUUGUUCCCGACUAAUGUUAAAGCGUUCGCUUUAUGUUUGGCUGAUGUAUACUUUAGUGUAAUGGCCACGGCAGCCUCCAAGUACUUACAGAUAACGAAAGUCGAGUAUGGGUUACAUGUUUCGUUCUACGGCUUCUUCGUAUGUUCGAUCCUCGGCUUGAUUUUUAUUUAUUUCUUCGUGCCUGAAACGAAAGGGAAGACACUGGAGGAUAUCCAGAAGAAGCUAAAAGGAGAAGUGGAAGAGUGCAACGGCAACGUCGUCGACGAAGAGAAAGUUAGUCUGAAAGCCUGAUUUUACGUACUUUAUGUAUUUUAUUUUAAAUAAAGAUAUUUUUGUGGAAAA